UUUCUGUUUCCUGCCGGCGGAAGGUUCCAUCCACGCGCUCGGAGGAGGAGGAGAAAAAGAAAGGAGACGCGGCGCCAACCGACACGAUCCGGCCGUUGGUUCCCCAUCCGCCUUCCCUCCCUCCGCGCCUGCCAGUUGCGAACGAAGCCGUCCAAGGCCUGAGACGAGCGUCCCUGAUCGGACCAAGUCGGACACCAACGCUCUUCACCAGAUUUUUAAAGAGACUAUUAUAGCGUCUAAAAGCAGUCAUGUCUAGUUCAGAAGGUGAAGGAUUUGUUGUCCGUGUUCGAGGAUUGCCUUGGUCUUGUGCUCCUGAUGAAGUACUGAACUUUUUUUCUGACUGCAAAAUCUUAAAUGAUGCUUCUGGAAUACAUUUUACAUACACUAGAGAAGGUCGUCCUAGUGGAGAAGCUUUCAUUGAAUUGGAAUCUGAAGAUGAAGUUAAGAUUGCUUUGAAAAAAGACAAAGAAAGCAUGGGUCACAGAUAUGUAGAAGUUUUUAAAUCCAACAACAUUGAAAUGGACUGGGUUCUGAAACACACUGGCCCCAACAGCCCUGAUUCCUCAAAUGAUGGUUGUGUUCGCCUUAGGGGCCUGCCAUUUGGAUGCAGUAAGGAAGAAAUACUACAGUUUUUUUCAGGGUUGGAAAUCGUGCCAAAUGGGAUAACAUUGCCGGUGGACUUCCAGGGGAGGAGCACGGGGGAGGCCUUCGUGCAGUUUGCCACACAGGAAAUAGCUGAAAAGGCUCUAAAGAAACACAAGGAAAGAAUAGGGCACAGGUAUAUUGAAAUUUUCAAGAGCAGCCGGGCUGAAGUGCGCACCCACUAUGACCCUCCCAGGAGACCAAUAUCUGGUCAACGGCCAGGUCCUUAUGAUAGACCAAUGGGAGGGAGAGGUUACUCCAGUCGAUUGGGGCCUUAUGAGAAGAUGAGGCGUUCUGCUUAUGGUGGUGGUUAUGGCAGCUACGAUGACUACAAUGGUUAUAAUGAGGGAUAUGGCUAUGGUUCCGAUCAUGGAUAUGGAAGAGAGAGGGGUAAGUGUUUCUGUCUUUCAGUUGAUGAUGCGAUGAAUGCGGGUUGUUCAAAAACUAAUUGGAUUAUGUAUUUUAAAGGAAUGUCUGGACAAGGAUAUGGAAACACCAGUUCUGGCUUCCAUAGUACAACAGGCCAUUGUGUACACAUGAGAGGACUGCCUUUUCGGGCUACAGAAAAUGAUAUCUGUAAUUUUUUCUCACCACUCAACCCAGUCAGAGUGCACAUAGAGAUUGGAUCAGAUGGCAGGGUGACUGGGGAGGCCGAUGUGGAGUUUGCUACUCAUGAAGAUGCUGUGGCUGCCAUGUCAAAGGACAAAGCGCAUAUGCAGCAUAGGUAUGUCGAACUCUUCUUGAAUUCCACAUCUGGAGGCAGCAGUGGCAGUUAUGCAAGCCAAAUCGCAGCACUGGGCAGCCAAUCAAGUUAUGGUAGUCCAAACAGCCAGGCGUUGGGUACUGGAUAUGGAGCAUAUGGCAGUCAGGCUAGCCUGAGUGGAUACGAAAAUUAUUUUACCAGCACCCAGGGUGGAAUGAAUGGCAGCUACUUUGGAAGCGGAAGCCGAGGAUCUAUGGGGAUGAAUGGCAUGGGUGGGAUGUCGAGCAUGAGCGGGGCUUGGGGGAUGUAAAUUUUCACUAUCAGACCGAUGCAAUGACCAGCUUCAAAAAAGUCAUUUAUGCUUAUUAAAUGUGAAUUUGGCAUAUGCAUUCCUUUCAUUAUGGUUAGAAUUCAGCAUAAGGCUUUUCCUGGGUUGGGGGAAGAUUCUGGGUGCUGCCAGUUGUUCACAUGGUUUUGUUUCAGAGACUUAACGUCUAUUGUGUACGAUUUUCAUACAGUGGUUACUGUACUCUGCAUGUCAUAUCAACCUCAUUACACAGGUUCUGUGACCUGCUUCUGCAGGCUUAUUGAUAUAAGUGCAUUGUUAAGUACACAAAAUGCAUUGGUGCCAGAAUAGUUAGUAAAUUGCAUGUUCAGUCGUGCAUUUUCUACCUUUGGUCCAUGUAACAUUUUAUGUCCACUUUUGGGGGGAGGGGGAAAGAACCUAUUGAGUUCACUUUAAUUGGCUUGUGGUGUAGUCUCCUGGUUUAUUAUAUAAAAAAAUGUAAAAAAAAUUGUGUAUUAGUGCAUUACAUGUGUAACAAUUCUCUGAAACUUGAACAUGACAAAAAAAAUCUAUAGACACUGGCAUAAAAGUGUAAACAGAUCGAACAAUUAUGUACUUACAUUUGUUGCUUAACUUCCUUUUUUUUAUAUUUGUGUCUUGAGAAAGCAAGCCUGUUUUUUUCUUUUUAGAAAGCCAAAAUGAAGAGAAGCAUCUGGUGGUGCUUUGUAAGGCAAAGUAGAAUUUUAAUGUAGUUUUGUUUAGAAUUAUAUUCUAGGGAAUGGUCCCAUGGUCUCGCUCACCAUCUGAGACCUUACAGUACACAAGUCAUUUUUGGUCAUAUUUGUAUGGUGCAAAGUGAAAAUAAAACUCAUUAAAGCUUUGCCAUUUUUAAUAGUGA